UUAACUGUAAAUAUUAUGGUCACCCUGGUGAUAGUCCUGAUGUGUGUGUUGCUCUGUCAGAUGCUCGAUCCAUUUGGAAGUGCAGACAACUCACUGUCAAGCAGCUGUCAAUCAAUAGACCAAGCAUUGGACAGCCCUCCUUUCUCACAAAACAACCGUGACAAUAAUUACCUGAACCUCAAUUAUGAAUACAAAGGACGGCAUCGGAAAGGAGGCACUUUUCCUCGACAAUUCCAGCUGCCGAAUCCCAGCAAGGAUUAUGGAGAUCGUCGCCGCACUCUUCCUCGAAGCUUCAUGCCUCAGGAGAACCUGUUCCAACUGGUUCCCUCUAGUCGCUCUCGGAGCUACAUCGGGGACAGUACUCUCCAGUACAGUGAUCUGCGAACACUGGGCCGCACCACGGACAAGAGUUGUCAGAGAGGAACCAGCAAGUCUCCUCGGGCGCCAGUCAACUGGAGACAGGGCAAGCUCCUGGGACGUGGAGCCUUCGGGGAGGUCUAUCUUUGCUAUGACGCUGACACAGGCUGCGAGCUGGCUGCCAAGCAGGUGCCCUUUGACCCUGACUGUCAGGAAACCAGCAAGGAGGUGAAUGCUCUGGAGUGUGAGAUCCAGCUGCUGAAAAACCUGCGCCAUGAUCGGAUCGUUCAGUAUUAUGGCUGCCUGCGGGACCUGGAGCAGAGGAAACUCACCAUUUUUGUUGAAUACAUGCCUGGGGGCUCUGUGAAGGACCAGUUAAAAGCCUACGGGGCUCUAACAGAGAAGGUAACACGGAGAUACACCAGGCAGAUCCUCCAAGGAGUCUCCUACCUGCACAGCAACAUGAUCGUACACCGAGACAUCAAAGGUGCCAACAUCCUGGGGGACUCUUCAGGAAACGUAAAGCUGGGAGACUUUGGAGCCAGCAAAAGGAUCCAGACCAUCUGCAUGUCUGGUACUGGAAUCAAGUCUGUCACCGGCACCCCCUACUGGAUGAGCCCAGAGGUCAUAAAUGGAGAGGGAUAUGGGCGCAAAGCUGAUGUAUGGAGUGUUGCCUGUACUGUUGUGGAAAUGCUGACCCAGAAACCUCCUUGGGCUGAAUACGAGGCCAUGGCUGCCAUCUUUAAAAUAGCCACUCAGCCGACAAAGCCUCUGCUUCCAGAGGGCGUAUCGGACUACUGCAGAGACUUCCUGCGGCAGGUGUUUGUAGAGGAAAAGUGGAGGCCCACUGCAGAUGCCCUGCUCAGUCACCCGUUUGUUCAGGGCAGUUUCUGAAGCUCCAGCAUCCCUUCCCCUGCCUGUGAGGCCCCCAUGGCCCCGGCACUCCCCUCCUCUGUGGCCCGCUCCGCACCUCAGGGCCUUCUGUCCCCAGGCUCCAGGGUCCACUCCACCUCCACGCCCUGUCAUCUAUCACCAAUGUCUGCCUUGUCAGGACUGACGUCCCUGUACCAUCACCACCUCUCUCAGAAUGAAGGGUUCGCAGAGGGGCCAGGUCGGCUACUGUCAGACCUCCUGAAUCCUGCGAGACAUUGCGAGCAUUCCCCAAAGACGGGACUGACAAGAAAGCACUUAGCAGUCUGGCCAGCUCCAGACAGUUUUUAUUCCAAGACUAGGAAAAGUGGUUAGAGAUGUGAAGCCUCAAACUGUUGAGGUCUCACUUAUUGCACUCACCUUGUGCUAAGAAUAGAGUCUUGUACAGGCCAAACCACAUGUAAGCGAGAGUGACAGGUGAUCCUGCUAGUACUGUAAGUAACUCACUCACAAGAGGCGGUAGUGAGUUACACUGACUAGAGAAUAUUUUUUUAUAUUAAAGCCACAUACAAAGUCACCCUAGCUGCUUGUCUGUCAAAACAAGUAUUUUUGUUAACGCCUUACAACUCUGUAAGUAAGAAAGGGUAAAGGGUUUCUGGGCCCUGACAUUACGCCGAUCUGAAUUCAACACUGCACUUUUGAUUCCAGGCAUUUGAACACUUACGCAAGAUAAUCAAUAGAAUAUUUUUAUACCUGGUUGUUUUUAUAUAUUCUUAUAAUGAAUUGUUUUACUCAAUGUCUAGAAAUAAGAACCAAACCGAUGCAUUAGUGUGCAAUGUUUAUUAAGCAAUACCAGCAUUACUGUUGGACCUAUCCAUUCCAGCUUCCCAUGCAGUGAGCCUUGUGCCAUACAUGUCCAAAGAGAUAAAGAAGUCACAACGGUAUGCAGACAAGGUAACAGUAUUACAGUUGUUCUGUUGGGUUUUUGUCACUUCACAUAUGCCUUGUUUAUUAUAUGGCAGCUUUGUGCACUUUGCACGGACCAAAUGCAUCUUUACAAUGUUACUUUCAUUGUUUCAUAUUGUUAAUGUAAUCACUCAAAUGCCUUUUUUCCAAACUGCAUGAACCUUGGUCUCUUGGCCACCACUCUGUAUCUGUGAUUAGAAGACUGGUGUGAGGUUAAAAUGGUAAAUGAAAAUGCUGUUUUAACGAUUGACGAUCAAUCUAUAUGGGAAGACUGGUGGUAUAGAUGCUGUAUAACAGUGGCACUUGAAGGAAGGAAUGAUCAAAUCUUUUUGUAACACUUUACAGUGCCUUACCCAGUGAUAAAUUUCUGUUCACUGCCAAAGCACAAAGCGUCUCCAAGAAGUGAGCAGCUCUUCUGUUUUGAGCACAAUUUGCUCAAAUUCUUUGAAGAAUAUACUGUAAAUACUUGUCAGCACUUUUGUAUGAAUAACUUUGCAUUAUGAAAAUCUGUCGAAUGGAACGUAAUAGUAGUAGUAGGAUUAUACCUACAGGAACAUGUGUUAGAGCUCUGUGGCAGUCUGGCUAUUUCUGACUUCAUGAUAAAGUCUUGAAAAUGAAAAGCAUCUUUUGUACAUUUAACUUAAUAAAGAAAAGUAUACUCUGCCA